AUGUUCAUCUUUGUUUGCAUUGCAGCGCUGGCCGUGGCCGUGUCUGGCGAUAGUGGCUACUGCGGCAAUAAAAAUGAAUACGUCAAAAUGGCCGGCAGCUGUGACAGCUUCUACGAAUGUAUUGAAUCAAAUGAAUUCGAAAGGACCUGUCCAGAUGGUCUCUAUUUCAAUCCGGAGGCGCAGUGGCCUCAAUAUCCUUGCGGAUAUCCAGGCGAUGUCGAAUGCAGCGACGGCGUGCCCCAGCCGGCCAGAUCUUCGGAAGAAUGCCCCCACGAGUAUGGAUUCUUCGAGUCUCCACUGGCUACCAGCACGGACUGCGGCAAGUACCGGCGUUGUGUAGCCGGCGUCGCCUUCGAAGAGGAGUGUGCCCCUGGCCUCGCGUUUAACCCGGCCAAGGGUAUUUGCGAUUGGCCCUCCGAGGAAGCUUCCUGUAAUGCUGAAGCUUUCAUCGGCUACUCUUGUCCGCCUGGAUCCGUCGAUCAGUACGGAUAUGAUAUCACUGAAAACUUUGGGCUGCCGGGCAAGUGCUACUCGUUCAUCGCCUGCCACAGGGGCAACGCACGUCUGGUGAGCUGUGACCUCGGCUUCAAGUUCGACACCUCCGUCAACCGCUGCGUCAACUCUGAUCUUGUCAGAACUGACUUCCAAUGCGAGGAGCGCCACGCCUAA